AUGACCAUCACAUGUGUCGCCAUUGGGGCCAAUUAUGACCUUGUCGUCAAGAAGUUCGGUGGAUGUGCUCUACCUGUCUUAUUUGGAGCCCCACAGUCUGCCAAAACGACGGCACUAAAAGCUGCUCUUUCUGUUGUUGGCAAUACAGAUAUUGUACUAGAAAUGACUUUCAAGGCGAUAAUGGAUCCCGUUUGCAAGACAUCCAUUCCAUUUGGUUGGGAUGAUUGUGAAAAAAGUGCGACAAUGAAGCAACUUGCAAUAGCCCUCUUUAACCAAGGUGGCACCAAGAGUUACCGACGGGAGAAAAAUUCCUAGAACAUUCCCCAUCAUGACAACAAAUGUU